AUGACUAUCUCCGCAGAAAACCCCACUAAAGAAGAAGGUAUAUGGAUUCUAGGUUAUGGAUCCUUAAUUUACAAACCACCACCACAUUACACACAAAGAAUUCCCGUGACAAUCCAUGGCUAUAUGCGUAGAUUUUGGCAAAGCUCCAUAGAUCACAGAGGUACGCCAGAAAAACCGGGACGUGUAGUAACCUUAAUACCAUAUGAAGAGAUAUUAUCAAUUCCUGAAUUUUUAGAAGAUUUACAGCUCUAUUCGCACGAUUUUGAAUCUAUUAAGUGUCCUCAUGAUUUGACUACUUUUGGUGUUGUGUAUUAUAUUCCACCAGAACAUGCUAAUGAGGUUAAAGAGUAUCUGGAUAUUAGAGAACAAAAUGGGUACACUUUACAUGAAGUAGAAGUUCAUUUGAAUACGAAUGAUGAGCAUGAGUUAUUAUUGAAGGAUUCGCUAGAGUUAUUACCAGUGCAUGAACGGACAGGGAAAAGGGUAUUGAAAACUUCCGUAUAUAUUGGGACUGUAAGUAAUGAGGCGUUUGUGGGGCCAGAAAAGAUUGAAGAUACUGCCAAAGUGAUUGCUACAUCACAUGGGCCAAGUGGUCCAAAUGUGGAGUAUUUGAAAUUACUUCAUCAAUCUAUAGAGGAAAUGCUUUGGGAUGAACACGAUGCAGUACCUGAUUUAUAUUUAUUGAAAUUACUCCAUCAUGUAGAUAAAAUGUUACAAUCGUAG